GGAACCGGAAAUAUGCGCUGGGUUACAUGGCGUUGUUUGCUUGACAACAGUCAUUGAUCAGACAUUUGCUGUCAUUCUAUUUCGCUUAGCGUAGAUCAUGGCAGCAACAGUGUUACACGGGAGGCGAAGGGGAAAAGAAAGAAGUACACCAGAGAUGCCCUUUCCGCCCGAUAUGCAGAUGCAAGGCACGAAAAUGGGUCAGAGUGGGAUGAUCCUACCCAACGGUACCGACAUCAGGGACGUCACGAUCCUGUCAAAGAGCGAGUGGAACCGGAUUCAACAGGAACUCCACAAGCGACAGAUUGAGGAGGAGAGAAUGCGGAGGCUGCGGGAAGAGAAGGAAAACCGCAAACAGAUGUCCAAGGAGAUGGUCCAACACUGGGGAAACACCAUCGCUGGAACACGCACCAGAAAGUUAGAGGCGAGGAAACUCCGUGAACAGAAGGAGGAGGAGGAGAAGCAGGCCAUUGAUCUAGAGGAGGCCAAGUACCAGGCCCAGAAAAGGAAGGAGGCCAUCGAGAAAGCCAAGACCCAGCAGUAUUACCAGACCGACCGCGUCAAAAACUUCCACAGUGCACUGAUGCUGACGGAGGUCCUCAAAGAGAGAGAGGCUCAGAUCGAACUGAAGAAACUCCAGGAGAAAGCGAACGAAGGCAAGGACGCAGAAUGGCUUCAGCUGGCCAAGAGAGAGCAUGAGAAUGCGAUACUCCAGGAUCAGGAGAAGGCCCGCCAGAGAAUCCAUGCGACCAAGGACAACCAGCGAUUCCUGUCCGCACAGAUUCAGGAACACAUGAAGGAGAAACAGGAGGAGGUUGAGGAGGACCAUAAGGAGGGCGACGAGCUUCAGAGACUGGCUCUCCAGUUCCACACCGAGAAAGAGCGCCUCGACCAAAUCAAGCGCAACGAGAAGCUGCAGAUGAUGCGCGACAAUGUGGCGCAGAUCAACGACCGCCGCGUCAUCAAGAAAGUCAUGGAGCAGCAGGAGGACGAGGAGGAUGAAGAAUGUCGCAUAUUUGCUGCAGCGAAGAGGAAGAUGAUGAAGCUGAGGGCAGAAAAAGAACAACAGAUUCAUGAAGAGAAGCAGAGAAACCUACAGAAAAUCCGCGAGAAACUGGCCGCUCAACUCCAGCAGAAAGUCAGCGACGAGGAUGAACGAAUCCGUAAAGCCGUGGAAGAGGCCGAGGAGAAGAGGGCAAAGGAAGAGGCGGAGAAGGAAGCGAAGAUGUUAAAGGGGAUGGAAGAGAGUGCUAAACAUAGGAACAAGCAGAUGAGGGAAGCUGAGCAGAAGAAGAAGGAAGACCGAAGACAGGAGCUGGAGAUGGUGAGGAUCAGACAGGCUGCAGACGAGAUCUUCCGUCGUAAUGAAGAAGAGAAACAUCAGAGACGGAGGGAAGAUGCUGUGGGUUUGAAGAACUUCCAUCAGGAGCAAGUGAACUUGAGGAAACAGAAGGAAGCAGAGGCAAUUCAGGAGAAGCUAGCCCUGGAUCAGGCUAAUCAGGCUCUACUGGCGGUGGAGGAAGAACAAUUCCAGGAGUAUGCAGGCCGAGUCAUCGAUCACUGCGAGAAGGGCGGUCGUAACGUGUACCCCCUCAGGAAGGCUGCCAAAAACGGCGCCGGGGGAGGGAAAGGGCCAGUAUUUGAGGGUAAGGGAGGAAUCCGACCCAGUUACAUGGUCAAUGAUAAAUCGGGAAAACAGAUGCCCCACUACCAGCGGGACUCGACGGAGGAGACCAAGGAAAGCAUCUAUGGGCCGGCCAAGUCCAAAAAGAGGCUAGGGUUCGUGUGGUAGAGGACCAGUUUAUGUGUUUUGUUAAUGAUUGUUAAAAGAGGAGGGUUUUUUUUGGCUACAUUGAGUGGAAUGUGAUGGAUUAUUGGAGAGAGAAAAAAAAAAUGAACAUUAUAAAAAUUGCACAACUUUUCAGACAUAUGUCAUGCAAACUGCUGCAUUUGUAUCGUUUAAUUAAGAUAUGUGUGAAAUUGUUCCCAUAUCGACAUUUAUAAUUCUUUGUUGUUUUUUUUAUGAGAUUGUCUUAAUAAGCUAGAAUUGCAGCUUCUUGAAUGGAACAAACAAUUAGAAAUGUCUUUAAUUUAUCUUUUACGAUCAGAUAAAAUUAAUACUCUGCAUAUUACAAUGUAUGUAGAUACCCAAAAGGGAAUAAAAGUUUUAACAUAAUGAAAUUCCCUCAGGUCCUUGUCUGGUUUCUUUGUUGAUCAUAAGGAUCGAAUCUGUGAUAUAUUUUCUAUAUAACUUCAUGAUUUCGUAUUUUAAUAUGAAGUAAACCGUCCAUAAUAUGAAUGUGCUAAAAUGUAAAAGCUGUCAACAGGUACAAGUGGAUUUAUGAAUCCCUGCAGUUAUUUGUUGUCGGUAGACUUAACAUGGAUUCCAAUGUCAAAUGUCUGUGGCAUUAUUCACUAACUAAUGACAUGCGCUAUGUUACCUUUUAUUUGUACAUGUGUUUUAUGAUACAUAUUUGUGAAGUUUUUAAAGAAUAAAACAUCCUUUAAUUUGUUGA